CCCAUUGGACCCCACUAGACGAAUGAUCUUGAUUUGAUCAGACCACAUCGGACCGUCUGUAGAGAGACGGAGACUUUAGUCCCACAAAUUCACACCUAAUAAUCGUCGUCGUCCACUCACACUGGAAGAGUUCUUCCGUACCAGUCAUCUCAUCACCACACUCCGGUCGGCUCUCACCGGCGACGGUGUUAACGUGUGCUUGCUUUACUCUCUGCCUCACCCAUCAAAGACUCGCUCAAAGUUCCAGGUAUUGUGAUUGCUAGAUGGAAUGAACCAUAUUCAAGUGAAAUUGCAUGAUGGGUCCUGAAUUGGAUAUGAAGCCAAGGUCAGAAGCUCCAGUGAAAGUUUCAUUGCAUGAUGGGAAUGGAAGUAUCCAUCAGAACCCAGAAGAUAAUCUUAUGCCUUGCACGAGUAAUUGUGAGGAGAACAUGUUUGACAUGGAAGCAUUAUCGGUUGGGCAAAUCACAGCCACAAAUGGAAGUGAGAAUGAGGAUCUAAAUAUAACUGAUCCUGGGAAUCCUAGCAAUGUUGGACUAGUUGAAAUUGACUGCCAGGAUGCAACUGAGAAUUCACAGUCAAGUUCUUUUGACGAUACAAUAACCAGGACAGAGGAUUACUCAGUGAUGGACACUGAUGAAGUUGACUCCCGGUUUUGUGGUGGCAAUGCUUCCCUGUUUGAGUUUGACCAAUACGGUGAUGCAUUUCGAAUGAGGAGGAGAAAGGUGACAGCUCACUGGAGAAGAUUCAUACGUCCUCUUAUGUGGCGCUGUAAAUGGCUAGAACUGCAAAUAAAGGAGCUCCAGUCUCAAGCAUUGAAGUAUGAAAGGGAAAUUGCAGAAGAUGAUGAAAGGAAGGAGUUUGAAUUUGGAAGGUUAAUGUCAGAAAAUGUUGGUACCAAAUCACUUCCAUUUUCAAGUCAAAUGCGAAGAGAUAGAUUCAUGAAGAGGAAGAAAAGAAAGAGACUUGAGGAGACAACUGAUAUAGCAUCAUAUAUGUCACACCAUAACCUGUUCUCCUAUUAUGAGAAUAGGAAGUCUGUUGCUGAUGGUGCUUCUGUGGAAGAUGGUUUGGAUAAUCUAGGUAGUAAGGCUACUUAUGGCAAUGAUGAGUUUGGGACAAAUGAUGGAUGGUCAUCUCUUCAGUUUCAAGAUGGUGAUAGUUUCUUGGAGGAAAUACUCUGGAAGAUGGAAGUAGCACAGUCUCAAGUACUCAAGUUGAAGGCGCGAAUCGACAAGGUGAUAACUGAAAAUCCCGGAAAGUUUUCUUCCGUAAACAAGAGAACCCUCGUAGCCUGUGAUGCAUUUGCCAGCUCUUCUCAAAAUCCUGCUUCUCCUUCUGAAAUUGGAAAUAGAUUACUCAUUGACCAUCCAUAUAUAGAAUCUCAGCAUACAUCCGAGCAUAACUUCAGAGAUCCACUUGUGCUUGAGAGUGCAGUUUCAAGUUACGGAGAGGUGGCGCCUCAUCCUGAUAUGAUUGAAGGCACAGAUCAUCAUCAGGUUGGCAGCUUGUAUAAAAAUACAGGGGAUGGAAUGCUGAUGCAUAACGAGGUAGCCAAGGAAGAGUUGCAUGAUUUUGAAAAAGUAAGAGAGCAGCCAUUAGAGGUGACUCAGGUAUCAACGGAAGAUCAGCAAAGCAAUCCUCCUGUUCUGGUACCGGUAUCAGAAGCUGAUUUGCCCUCUAAGACCAGUGUGCGAAAUGUGAAAUCUAAUGUAAAAUCAGCUUCCAGUAAGAAGCCUGAUACUCCUAGGAACACAAGAUAUCGUGGGAAGCGAAAAAGCUGGUUUUAAGUAAAGUUAGAAACAUGGCCUUUGCCCGCUCCUUUAAAGGAAGGUCCAAUGUAAAAUUGCCUAUCAAAUAUAUGAUACUUUUCGUGUU